AUGGCCACUUUCACAAGAAUAGAUGAGGGGGAGACCCCCUCUAUCACCAUUCACCCCUCCCACAAGAUCGCUCAGAUCGACAACAACAUCUAUGGCGGCUUCACAGAGCACAUGGGAAGAUGCAUCUACGGCGGCAUCUACGACCCCGGCAACCCCCUGUCGGACGAGAAUGGGUUCCGGAAGGAUGUCAUCGAGGCGCUUAAGGAGCUGAAUGUCCCCGUGGUACGGUACCCAGGAGGAAACUUCUGUGCCACGUACAAUUGGCUUGAUGGCGUUGGCCCCAAGGAAAACCGGCCUGCGAGACCAGAGCUGGCGUGGAUCGGUACUGAGACCAACGAGUUUGGCACGGACGAGUUCAUGAAAUGCGCAGCUCUCGGGUGGCUUGAGUACUGCAACUCGGACCGCAACACAUACUACGCCAACAUGCGGCGGAAGAAUGGCCGCGAGAAGCCAUACAACGUCAAAUACUGGGCACUAGGAAACGAAUGCUGGGGCGCAUGGCAGGUCGAGCAGAUGACAAAGGAAGACUACGCCAAGAAGGCAUACCAGUGGGCCAAGGCACUCAAACUGCUUGACCCCAGCAUCACCCUCAUCUUGUGCGGCGAGACGGGCCACUCCUCGUGGGACUACUACGUGCUCAAGGAGUGCGUAAAGUGGGACGUCCACGGCCUGGGCACCGAGAGCACCACCAAAUCCCUCAUCGACAUGCACAGCAUCCACAUCUACACAGCCGCCAAGGAGCACCUCCCCAACGCAACCGCCCCCCGGUCCGGCGAGCACGCCAUCAAGAUGGCCUCGUCCCUCAUCGACCUCGCCCGCAUCGAGAACAAGGUGCCCGAGACAGUGCCCAAGCAAAAGAUCUGCUUCGACGAGUGGAACGUGUGGGACCCGGUGCGGGCGCCCGGGGAGCAGGGGGCCGAGGAGCAGUACACGCUGUCGGAUGCGCUGGCGGUGGCCGUGUGGCUCAACGGCUUCGUCAGGCAGGCCAAGGACGUCGGCAUGGCCAACAUCGCGCAGUCGGUCAACGUCAUCUCCCCGCUCAUGACCACCAAGGACGGCCUCGUCAAGCAGACCAUCUGGUGGCCGCUGCUGCUGUUCAGCAAGUACAUGCGCGGCCACACCAUUGCGCUCAACGUCCGCGCCCCCGAGUACGCGGGCCAGACCAAGCCGCGGUGGAUUCGGGCGGCCAUUGAGACCCCGUAUCUGGACUGCAGUGCGACGGUGGGCGACGACGGGUUUCUGAACCUCGCUGUGGCGAACUUGCACGAGGAGAGUGACUACGAGGUCGAGCUGGACGGUCUGAAGGCGGACAAGGUUGCGGUGUACGUCGUUGGUGGGGAGAAUGUCAGUGUUACGAACACCGAUGGGGCGCAGAGUCAACUUAGCAUUCGUCGAGAGAACAUCGAUACAGUCAUGGAUCACAACCAGGAACCCGCGCUCACCGACAUAGUGGCGGGCCUUCAUGACGACUUCCACUACCACCGCGAAAUGGACCCACGGAGCCCCAUGCCGCCUGCUGAACUUCCAACGAACACUGGAACCUCCACCACCGAAACCCGCAUGGUCGACUUGGGAAUGGAAGAAGUUGACUACGACCCAUGGGAGAUGGAGAGCGAUGCAUACUUCAGGCCCACGGACAACGACGAGGUACCUGCUGAGGAAUAUCCUGACGCCUGCGUCGACGCUAUCGACAUCAGCUACCCCCGAAUAGUAAACCUGGACCAGGAGCCCAAAAACUUCUAUUUCAGGCCAGGUGACCUCGACAGACGGUUGAAGCUCCUACCUCCUUACAACUUCGGCUUGAUCUACGACCGGUUCUUGGCCGGUUCCAUCACAGACUGGCCCAAGUUCAUGCGCCGGUCAUUCCAGUAA